CAAACAACGUUGAAGAUAAUGUAAAACAGGGAAAUAUUAUGUCAGAGGAACAUGAAAUUGCACAAGAAUUGCUGAAAAUGUCGGCUGGAACUAAACAGACUGAGCAGUUUGUAGAAGAUAAUAUUUCUAAUACAGCAACUGAUUCAAAAUCAGCAAAAGAAGUAAAUAUGAAAAAGGAUAAUGGUCAUGCAACAGGACUAAAUUUUUCACACUGUGUUAAUGACAUUAUUAAAAGAACUGUAAGGAAUUCAAAGUUUUCCUUUGAGAAUACUUAUAUGUCCAAAUUACCUAAUAUAGCAGCAAAUGAUGUCACUCCAUUACACAAUGAAUCAAUGCUUAGAGGUGAGUUAAGUGUAGUUAUUCCAAAAAGUUCAGACCUAUUAGAUAAACGGGAAAGAAAUAACUUUGAAGACAUGUCAGUUCAGGGAGAAACUAUAGCAAGUGACGAAUCAGGACUGGCAGGUGAAAAGGUUAACAGUGAAUCACAAGCUAGUCCUCUUCAAAAACUAGAAAUGUUUGUUACGUCAGAAAAGAAUGAUUUUAACAAGGUUGAAGCUAUUGUGAAUGAUUCAAGAGAUCCCGGGCAUAAUUUCCAUGGUUACUUUACAGAGGAAUUUGAAAGGUUGGAACAUGACAUUGAUACACAAGAAAAAUUGGAAAGUGAUUAUUUAGAAACUAGUGAGAAAUUUGAAAUGUUAUUGAAAGAAAAGAACCAAGUCAAGGAAUUCCAAAAACAAUCAGUGAUUAUUGAAGAGACUUUAGAAAUGAGGCUUAAGAAAAUAAAACAGUUUGCUGAUAUAGGUAUGAAGUUUGGGAAUACAUUAAAUGAUGAAUUUGAAAGGAAAGCAGCUGACGAAGAAAUUGAUGAGAACAAAAGCCUUGAAGGUAUUACUUAUGAUAAGAGAGUUACAGAAAAUGAGAAUGUGGAAUUAAGUGAAAGAAAAGUUGUAAGGGUAAAUGUAAGUAGUGAAAUCGAUGAGGCUGGAACUGAAAGGAGAGUAGACAUGUGUGACAAAAGGAUUGAUGAUACUGACAAUUUUGAUAAUGUGUCUGGUUAUUUUAAUGACAGUCUUGAAGACAGACAUCUUCAAAUUGUAGAGAAUGAUUCUUUUAGAGGAAAGGAAAUUGAAGACAUAAAAGAAAGCAAUCUCGAUGAUAAUGAUGAUGGUAAUGAAGGUGACCAGGGGCAAAUGGUAGAAGAUUCUGUUGAAGGAAAAGAAAUUGAAUGUACAAAACAAAUCAUUGCUGAUGAUGAAGAUAAUGAUGUUGAUCAUGAUGAUGAUAGUAAUAAAGGUGAUGAGGAGCAAAUAUAUAGACUUAGAGAAAUGGAGGAAAGUAAGGACAUGUUGAAUGAACCAAAUGAAGGAUUUGUAUUUACUGAAAAUGAAUUUCUGAAUCAUAUUUCCGAGAUGAAUGGUUCUAGCAAAGCAAAUAAGGAAGACGGGGUUGAAAUUGUUGAUGAAUAUAAGGAAGAAAAAGAUGAAGAAAAAAUUGUUGGGUUCGAGAAUGGAAAAGGUUCUGUUCAGACUAUGACAAAGCAACUAUGGGAAGAGAAUUUAAAGCAUGGAAAUGAUUUAAUACAUCAGUUGAAUAAGUUACAGUCUGAUCCAAAUGAAUUAAAAUUCAGAGAGAAGUGUUUAAAUUCAAACAGAAGUGAGAAUGAGGCAAUGGAUCUUAGAACUGAAGGCAGAAUGAACAAAAUAAAUGAAAGUAAAGUCUGUGAAGUGAACUCUGUACAAAAUAUAUCCCAGGAAAAUUUGCCAAUGGAUUUGAGUUUGUCCAGAAGGUGGAGUGAUGAUACUGGGAAACAGAUUGCUAGAGAUGGAGAAUUUAAAGUGGACGGGAAGUACGCGGGGAAUAGUGAAAAUAGAUCGCCUAUGUUGUUGACUUGUGGUUUGUGUAGUAGAAAAUUUGACGACAUUCAUCAAUUGCGGUCACAUCAGAUAGAACAUGCUAAGGAUAUUGGGUACAGUUGUAAAGUGUGUAAGAAGUUAUUCACUAGUGCAUUUGAACUGCAGUGUCAUAUGAUAAAGCAUUCUGAAAUACCUGUUCAAAGUCAGAUUGACCCAGGUGUUAGCAAUGGUUUGAAAUGUGUUGGAAAAUCUGUAUUAGGUGCUAGUGAGCAAAGUGACAGGGAAAAUCAAGAUUUGACAUUGAGCGAAGUUAGCCAAAUGAAUGAAAAUGGAGAAAAGCAGUUCAGUUGUAAAUAUUGUGAUAAGAUUUUUGUACAAGAAGAACAGUUGACCGAGCAUGUGAAUGUUCAUUAUGGAAGUAAAAAACCUUACGUUUGUAAUAUCUGUCGAAGAGCGUUUGUACAUCGUCACAACUUAAACCGUCACAAAAUGUCCCAUAAUUCAAAGUCGUACAAAUGCGAUGUGUGUCAUAGAACUUUUAAAGAAUCAUUUUAUCUACAGAUGCAUAAGAAAACCCAUGAAGAGGAGAAUUAUCGUAAGUGUCAAAUUUGCGGAGAGAACGUUUGCAAAUCGGAAAUUUGGCAACACACACAUCAACAUCUUGGGACGAUUACUGAAAACCCGACAUACGAACAAAUUGGUCAUACGGUUCAGGAGAUACUUCAUGAACAGGACUUAAACAAAGGUGGCGCUGCGCCGAAAAAUUAUGUAAAAGGAAAUUUGCCAAAAAUUUCAAAUGUGUCAGAAUAUGGGGACGAUUUGAGACAAACAAAGUCAAAUGGUUUUUGUCUGAACGAUAAGGCUCUAAACUUUAGUAAAGAGAAUAUUGAAAACCGUAAUGUUACCAAAAAUGUAAAUACUGACAUAAAACAUGCAAAUGUUUUGCAAAACAAAGAAAACUCGUGGGACAAUUCAUCAGUUUUGUCUAAGAUAGGAUUUGAAGAGGGUUCUAGAAAUUCUAGCGGUAAGAUGUUUCAAAUGUUUGAGUGCCAUAUUUGUAAAGUAGUUCUAAGUACAAAACAUGAGCUGGACAAUCAUAUGGGAAUACAUAGUGGUCUGAGACCCCAUGUCUGUAAACUUUGUGGCAGGGCUUUUAAAAAGAGUAAAGGUUUGAAGACACAUGAAAAGAUUCAUUUGGAGUCUUCGUUUAAAGUUUAAACUUAUUUUUGGUUUACCUCAUUGUUGCAUGUAAUCAAGGUUUAUCAAAAAGUUUGCCAAAUAUCUGUCUUGUUUUGGUACAGCACCUUUACUUACUAGAGUUUUUUAAAGCUACUAAAGAUAAAACCCUACUUUUAAAGAAGAGCAUAAUAUUUUGUUGCUGAACAAAACAAAAAUUAAUUUAUAUCAUGUGUGCUGAAUAACAAAGACAUUCUACGUAACUGUUAAAUUUUUUUUGAGAAUCAACCAUAAGGUUGAAGUAACAGCAUAAUUUUACUGUUUAUAAAGUUUAGAAUAUUUCUUAAAAUAUAGCUUUAAACCCUUUUACUUAACCUUAACUUUCACUGCUGUUUUGAUCUAUGGUCUUGUCCAGUUAUAUCUUUGGCAGUGUUUUUCUCUGUUUCAAAGGAUUUUAAAGAUGAAAAAUAUUUGAAAUUAAGAUAAAUUAAAGGAACUCCACUGAGGUACAAUAGCGUAACUUAAUAAAAUUAAAACAACCGUUACACUUAAAUUUGAAAACCAAGCAAUAGAUAAUAUAAAUAUACACAGUAUUAAAUUGAUAAUCGAUUUUUAUGCGAUUUUUAGCCGAUAUCCUUGCAACUGUUUUCAUUUUUUGCGCCAAUUUGUGCUAUAGAAAUAGUUACUUCUUGAAAACGGAGUGAGCAAAUGAUCUGAAAUUUUGCGCACCAGUAAAUGGUUCAGACGUACAGCUAGUUUUACAAAAAUCUUGAAAUAAUUAUUAAUAUUUUCGUUCCUUUCACAUCAAAAAACCUCAGUGGAGUCGCUUUAAAAUCAAAAUGAAGUAUAUUGACAGCAUGAAGGAGUGAUAUGGUUUUAUAAUUCUCAUCUACUAAAUCUAGCUUACUGCUGCAGCAGUGCUUGUUGUCCACUUAUACACAAAUAGUCAAAAAAGUAGAAAAUUUGCUCAAUUACAUAUAUACAUGUCUAUAGUCAUUAAAAAUCAUUGCGCUCUUUUCUUAACACAUGUUUGACAAGUUUUACUCGUCAUUUAUGUA